AUGGCCGCGACGGAUCUUCUGGUAAUUAUCACCGCUGUGAUAUUAAACCGCAUUCCUGCUAUUUAUUUCCCCGGCAGUUUCCUUUCCAUCACGCCUGUGUGCAGUUUGAGCAUUGCGUUAAUUUACGCCGCUAGGGACAGUUCGGUUUGGUUAACGGUCACAUUCACCUUUGAUCGAUACGUCGCCAUCUGCUGGCAGAAUCUCAAAGCAAAAUACUGCACGCAAAGAACCGCAGGAAUUGUUGUCUGUGUCGUCUGCACUCUGGGUUGCGUGAUUAACAUUCCCUGGUAUUUUUUGCACGAACCAGUCUACGUCAUUGACAACGUGCCCUGGUAUUGCAAACGGAGGAGUAUUCUUUAUUAUUUUCUGGUGUGGACAAUAUUUGAUUGGACCGAUCGCGUUGUGACUCCUUGCGUACCGUUCCUGCUUAUUCUCUCAUUCAACGCUCUGACGGUCAGGCACAUUUUGGCGGCCAGUCGGGCCCGUAGGAGACUCCGCAGUUGUUCCGCCGGAGAGAGACAGAGCGACCCGGAGAUGGAAAGCCGCAGGAAGUCGAUCGUCCUGCUCUUUGCAAUCUCGGGAUGUUUCAUCCUUCUGUGGAUGCCGUAUGUUAUACACUUCUUUGUAGAGCGAUUUCAAGUUGGUUAUACAGUUAAUGGCUACGGAGACCCCAGAUUUAUCCUGAUGGAAAGUGGAAACGUGUUUCAGAUGCUGAGCUGUUGCACAAACACGUUUAUCUACGCAGUGACUCAAAACAAAUUCCGAGAAGAGUUAAAGGUUCUGAUGAAAUUUCCGCUGAACAUUUCACAUUCGUUAGCUUCGUCUCGGAAGUAG